ACAUCGGCUUGCUUUUUUUCUAUUCUGUGGUUUGUUGGUUGGAUAAAGCUGGUUAUAUGGCGUAAAUUGUCGUGCGUGAUUGAAAAGAAAAUUGAAAACUUCUAGAAUUUAAAUAAUGGCUGCUCGUGGUGAAAGGGGUGUAUCAAGAGUUUUAGAAAAGUUAGAAGCUUCUGUGAACUCUGGUCAAUACUAUGAAGCACAUCAAAUGUACAGAACCCUUUACUUCAGAUAUUUAAGUCAAAAAAAGUACCCAGAGCUAUUGAAUUUACUGUACAAAGGAUCCACAGUUCUUUUACAACAUGACCAACAAGGCAGUGGAGCUGAUCUGGCUAUACUACUUAUAGAUGUUCUGACGAAAUCAGAAACCAAACCAAGUGAAGAAUGGAUUGAAAAAAUUGCCAAAUUAUUUGAGAUGAUGAAUUCCAGUAUUCCAGAGCGUGAGUCAUUUCUUACAAAUGCAGUUAAAUGGUCAAUGGAUAGUAAUAAAAAAGGUCAUCCUUUACUUCAUAAGAAAAUUGCUGAAGUUUAUUGGAAAGAGAAAAAAUACACAGCAGCGCAUAGACAUUUUUUGCAUUCCUGUGAUGGUUCAGCUUAUGCAACUAUGCUUAUAGAACUCCAUACAACCAAAGGACUCAAAUCUGAAAUAGACCUAUUCAUAGCACAAGCAGUCCUACAGUUCCUUUGCCUACGCAAUAUACAGAUGGCCACUGAAACAUUUAAUGAAUAUACAGGCUCUCAUCCCACAAUAAAAAAUGAUAAAGGACCACCAUAUUUAUUUCCAUUACUGAACUUUCUUUGGUUCUUAUUGAAAGCUAUUGAACAGCGACAUGCAAGUCAAUUUAAAGUAUUAAGAAAUUGGUAUGCUAUUAGUAUAAAAAGGGAUCCCAAUUAUUCAGUAUACUUAGACAACAUUGGACGUAUAUGGUUUGGUAUUGAAAUUCCAAAAGAUAACAGAAAUGCUAAUUCAAUGUUUGGUGGACUUUUGAAAUCUAUAAUAGGUGAGGUGGAGAGUUCUGAUGAAGAUGACUUUACUGGACACAAUACUUCCACUCCAGAUUUAGAUUAAAAUGGAUAAUAAUCAAUUGUAAAAAUUUGUUUUUAUUGACAUAUCAGCUUAAGCUGCAUAUAAGAUUCAGUGAUUUUAUGUAUAAUUAUUUAUUAACUUUUGUUUACCUACAAGGACAAAUCACAAAAAAAAUUUAGCAAAUAAAUUCAUACUGCUGACUAGUUCAAUUUAAUUUGUCAUGUGUUCAGUGUCUAAACAAUAACAAAAAAGUUAAUAUUUCUUAACUCACUAAAACAUACUCACUGUCAACCAUAAAACUUGUACUUUUUUGUUGUAAUUAUUCUUCUACUUAAUUCAUAAUGGUUAUUUUACAUUUUUAGCAAUAAUUUUUGUUUGUACAUUGUCCUAUAUGAAUUACGUGAUACAUCAUGUAAUGUGUUUUGAUUAUUUUCUAUAGUACUUGUUUAUCAUAACUGUAAAUAACAUAACAUCAAGAUGUGGAACCUACAUUUUUUGUACAGAACAAAAUAAAUGCUGUCACACUCAAUUAUUUGUUGAUAAAAAUUUCAAGACAUGUAGAAGACUAGACCAUAUUCGGUGAUCCUCCUGUAUGUGUGAAAGUAAGCACCACAGCCCCGUUCUGCUCUUUCUGCCGCCAGGAAUAUAUCAUAUCUGCUUUUACGAUUUAAAUGUUACCACUUCUGUAUACUGGUGACCGACGCUCUGCCCAGCGAUUCCGUAAAAAUCCAAACCCGAAUUCGAAUUCACUCAGGUGUCUGAAAUCACUUCAAAAGCGGCAUUCCCUCAACCUUCAAUUGGUAAUAACGUUUCGUGGUAUAAAUGAAGUAAGUUUCAAAAUUACAUAGAAAUAAAAUAUCUGAGACACGGAAUCGAUCUUGAAAAAAAUGAAUCAAUAGAAUAUCUACACUAAAUAACGCGAAUUUGGGCCCAUAAGUGAAUUCGAAUUCGGGUUCGGAUUUUUAAGGGAAUUGCUCUACAGACCAGUAUCGACGGGGCGAUUUUUGGGAAUGCGUUUGUCGAGCAGUGGACGUUUUCAGUGACUUGUGUAUAUUUUCUUUGAGUCAGCCUAGCAAUCACGGCAGUCGUGUCUGCUCAGCAUAACUCACUGUCUAAAGAGACACCGCUGAUGAGAUGUUUUAAUAUUAACAUUUUUAAUGCAAAAUUCUAUUUUGAAAUUAGGUCGUCUAAAUGUGAUAUUUAAAAUUUCCAAACAUUUUUAUUAUAUCUAAAUUAAUAAUUCCACAAAAUUAUCAAUUUUCAAUGGAUUGAACAUAUCCGUUGAAAAUUGGUCUUAAUGUCUUGAUAAUUAAGUAUUGAUGUAUUGAUAAUAUGAAAAAUCUUAAUUACAGAAACUGGUGUUCAUACAUAGUUAAUCUCCAAGUCAUUGUUUUUGUGAAAAUGUGUGUAUCUUCCUUAUAUUUUUAUCGAACUUUUGUUUAACAGUUUUAUACACAAUCGAGGAACUUUAUACUCCUUGUCACAUUUUGCGUUUAUUUCUUAGGCUCGAUUGUCACCGUGUAGAAACUUUUGUAUGUGAAAUAAAAGACCAUGAAGUUCCUCGACUGAACAACAAUUAAUCAUUGCAUUAAUAGUCGCUCAUAUUGGAUAAAGUAUUUCUUUUAAUUAUGGCAAACAGUAUAGGUAUAUCAUUUAAAAUAAGUAUAUAAGCGGACAUCCUUCAAUAUGUUAUGAACAGAAACUAAGCUUACUUUAUAUAAAACCAUUGUGAAGUUUUAAAUCUUAAAACCAUUCAUAUUAUUACACUUUUAAAGUAAAGUAUCAUAACUAAUUUUCUGUAUUAUUAUAUUUGAUCAAUUUUCUGUAUUCAGUAUAUGAUUAAAUGAUCACAUAUGGCAAGCCUGAAGGGCUUCAUUAAAUUUUACUGUCUGCCUCAACAUGAGCUUUUAAAUUAUAAUCGAUCCAUAUUCGUGACUGAAGGAAAUCAUGUGCACAGCCCUGGGAAUCGCGAAUCCACCACCCUGUCAUUGGCUCGCGUCGUGCGUGCGUGUACAGUGUUCAUUAUUGUGAAAAGUAUAGUGCGUAUAAUUAAUUAUGCUCAAAACUUUUAUUCAGACUUAACUGUUACAGACACUAGUGAAUGUAAAAAUUCGCAAUCUACGGCGGGAGACCUCAUAUUAAGGGGGGACUAUAAGGGCUCCUAUUUUUCGGUUUUCUUUAUAGACAUUGAAAAAUUGCUUCAUCAGACUAUGAAGUUAUUUUCUAUUAGUAUAAGAUUUUAAAUAAUAACAAAAAGUAUGAUGUUACACUUAGGGGGGGAAUGAUAUAAUACAAUUUCAUGGCGUACCAUUUACUGAAGGGUGGGGCAAAAUUAAACAUACUAUUAAUUUC